AUGGUGAGUAGCGAGUCGCGUUUUCCUCCCCUCCGCUCUCACGCGAGGGCGGUUUCCUCUCUCCCUUCACCCCGCCACCCCAGUUCCGCGAGCUGUGAGGGGAAACGAGUCGGUCGUGCCCGCGUAGCGGACGUGCUACGUCGGGUUUUCGGUAGACGGUCUGGCGUGGGGGGGAGGGAGGGGGAGGUAGGAUAAUAGAGCCUGCGAAGGAAUAGCUGAGUCUAGUGAAAGACGGGUUGGGCGAUGAUUGGCCACUCGGUCCGCCAAUCAAGCGGUUGGCCCGUCUGCGGCCUAAGAGCUGGAUAGGGACGUGCCCGCCCUUCAGAACCUGCGCGCGGCGCCCCCGAGGGAGAGUCACGUGGCUCUUUCAGAAUCUCGUUCGCGGAGCCAUGGAGGGUCGCAUGCUGGGAGCCGUGCACGUGGCGUGGCCUCGCUUCGUCUUCUCUCUCUCCAAGCAAAGGUUUUUGUAAUGGGAUUACUAGGGAUGGUCUCAAAGGGUUGCGGGCACUCUUCCCUUGAUCGCUGGCGGUAAAGGGCUGUGCGGGUUGCAGGCACGAGGGCUGCGGGUUCGGCCGCCAUAGUAAAACAUCGCCUCGCCCGUUGCUUAAGAAGCGAAUAACUGCACCAAGUGGUGCUUUUCUUUUUUAAUGUAGAAUUGCUCUUUAUUUUAAAGCGGCAUAUUGCGCAGCAUAAGAUUGCAAUGUAACCAAAGGCACGUAAUUUUAAGCAACAGAAUGGGGGGGGUUAUUAGUUGCUAAAAAUAGGCAGCGUGAAUUUUGGUAGGCUAUCGCAAAGCUGUUUGUUAGCAUUUGAGAGCGAAUGUCUUCUUCAGUAUGGCUGUGGUAGGAUUUCCUGGAACUGUUAAAAAAAAUAAAUCAAGAUUGUAGUUUUAAGCUGUACUUUAUUAUUUAAUGCUUAUAAAGUGCCUUAACAUUUUCUGAGAGACUAGAUACAGUAAAAGAAUGCCCUUGCCCACAAGCACAUGCUCUAAUAGACAUGAUAGAGAAGAGCAUUGGGAUGAAAAUGGAAAGAAAGCUUGGGGGAAAGUGGCUGAUAGACGGAGCCUGGUUGACCAAAACGUUUUUCUGGGAACUGGGUAUAAGCUCUCAGUGGCCCUUGGUCUCCUGGAUCUUGGUAGAGGCCAGAGUGCUGCCUUUCAACUUCUAGUCCCAGAUGACUGGUGCAGACUGGCUUUUUUCUGGUAGGCUGUUUUGCAAAGCUGUUUUGGCCUAGAUGAGAGUAACAUAUUCUUUUUUCACUGCUUUAGCAGAUCCACAAGCUACCAGUCCCCAAGUAUAUAUGAACUCCUACCACCUCCUUUCCUAAACCCACCCCACCCUGAAGCCACAUGGCUUCUUUGUUCUCACAUAAGUGGAAUGCUUCAUGGAUGUGUGAAAUGCUCUGUGUUGGAUUCCAGAGUUCCUUAAAACAGCAACAAAGGGAAUGGCAUCUGAGAGGACUUUUGGAGACCCAAAACCUUAUAGAUUUGGUUUAUGUUUAUAGAUCAGGUAUAUGUUUCAAUUUUACAUUGCUCAUUUAAUGAGCGUAAAUUCUUUUUCAGCUCCUCUUGUACUGCUUUUUGCAGUUAUUUUCAAAUGUUUUCAGGGUCUUACUCUUCUGUAUCUUUAUUUUCUUCUUUCUUUACAUGCCCCUUCCAUCUACUUUGUUCUUUUGGGAAAAUUUGUCUUUUUAAGGUUUUGUAUAGUUUGUAGUGAUUUUUGAUGUUGUAUAAGUAAAAGUGGAUGCCUUGUUCUAAAAAAAUAUAUAUUGGUUAGUACAAAGAAAUACAAAGUCUGACUUUGCAUAUGUUUGUAGUUGCCAAAUUCUCCAUGUUGUGUAAGCAUGGUAGAGGUGAAUGUACAUUGCCUAUGAGUCAGCACUUUGGUAUUAUUGCUGGAUUUCACAUUUCUUAUUUAUGUUGGGGAACAUGUAGUCAAGAAGAUGUAAUACAGGGUAAUCACCUGCUCCUAGAAUUAGAAAUUAGAAUAGCCUUUCCUAAAUACUCCCCAUUCUUUUUUUAUUCUGCCUAUACUAAGCAUUAAUUAUGAGAAUUCGUUUUAUUUAUGAUGUAUACAGUGCUAUUUUCCUAGAAAAAGGUGCCAGAACAUCACUUGGAAAAUAUGUUUUAGAGGCAUAAAUGCUUACAUAGUGUACGAAACUUUUAUAGCCAAUUGCGUAGGUACAGUAGCGUUUCUUUACUACAAAACCAAAGAAGCAAAAUAUAUGAAGGAUCUUGAUAAAUUCCUGAAGUUUAUGCACACAUCACUUCUGCCAUUUGUUUAAUUCGUUUUAUGUCUGACAUGUUACAUGCAAUCAGAUUUAGGGGAAAAUGUGAAAAUAAUUUUACCAUAUUAUUUUUAAGGGAACGCCACAAAAAGAUGUCAUAAUAAAAAAUGAUGCACCAACUUCAUUAUUAUUAGAAAAACAUGCGGACUACAUAGCAGCUUAUGGAACAAAGAAAGAUGAUUAUGUGAGUACCGUAAUAUAAGCUUGGUAGCAUUUUUAACUCUUUUAUUACAGUAUAGUUCAUAUGACUAUUAAUAUAUUGAGUAAAAGAGUAGGUUUAUUUGUGACAUAAAGUGCAAAUGGUUUCUCUAGGUCGGUGAUGUAACCUGGCAUGUAUUAUCUGACUACAAAGUUGAAGAUAUACUUAUUGAUCUGAGACCUAAGAAACGUUUAUUUAAGUUGAUUAUUGAAUGUGAAAAAAAUGUAUUGCACUUGUGCUGAAUCUGGCAAACUUAUACAUGUCUACAAAGAAGUAAACCCACCUUAGUUCAAUGGACUGACUCCUUGGUAAGUGUUUAUAGGAAGGCAGCUACAGUGGAUUAUAUAUUCUGUGGUGUAGUUUGCAUAAAACAGUAAAUCAGAAUUAAGCAAACUGGCUUACUGGGAAUGAGCAAGUGUGCUUGUGCAUAGUGUUCAAAUUGUGUCUGCCCACCACAUUUUGCUUUACCAUGAGGAAAUGAGUGUAGGCAUUGCAUGCAAACCUAGCAUCCAUAGUUUGUUUCCCUCCAAACAGACCACAAAAACAAGAUGAGAACAAACCAUAGUUUACAAUUUUGUGCACACCAAGCCAGUAAAUAUUUAGGCAGCUAUUCUGAAACCUCCACUUGUUGGAAUUUAAGCAAAUAUUAAGAGCCAAGUUCACAGUAUUAUUUUAUAAAUUGUUCUAAUCUUGAUAUGAAUCUGUUGUAAUGAUUGAAAGCCUCUCAAGGGAGAACAUUGUUAAAUUGAUCAUAGUGCAACUUACCAGUGUCCUAUCUGCAAACAUUAGCAUGAAGGGCAACUUGGUUUUAAGUGACUGGAAAAGUUUGAGCAAUAAAUGUGCAGUAAGUACUUCUGUGUUAUGUAGCAUCCAUAUUUCUUCUGCUGCUGCGGAGGUUGAAAGCUGUUGUAUUGUGCUUUAACACUCAAAGCAAUUUAUAGAUCAAAACAUUUAUAAGCACUUCACUUAAAAAAAAUUAGUUCUUAGAAUACAGUUCAGUAUACAUCUCCCUUGAUUUUAAAAAUGGUCAUUUACAAAUAUGAGCCAUAAACAGAUAUAGGGAGCCUUCUCUAGCAAGGCCUUGUGCUGGAUUGGUGCUAAAAGUGAGUAUAAAAAUAAGGGGCAAUUUAAAACUGGCUGUUUAAAACUGUUUUUAAAGGGAAUGAAAUCAAGCAGCUUGGUGUUUGGGGGAUUUCUGAAACUACUAAAUGCGAAGUUGCGUCAGUUUUAUACUAUAUCACUUUAGGAACUAAUCCGUUAUACUUUUUUUUAGGAAUACUGUAUGUCAGAAUAUUUACGAAUGAGUGGUGUCUAUUGGGGACUGACUGUGAUGGAUCUCAUGGGGCAGCUGCAUCGGAUGAGCAAAGAAGAAAUUCUGGCAUUUAUCAAAUCGUGCCAGCGUGAAUGUGGUGGCAUAAGUGCCAGCAUAGGUCAUGAUCCUCACCUAUUAUACACACUUAGUGCUGUCCAGGUAAGCUCAUGAGUAAUAGUAUUGGUUUAGUGAAUUAAUUUAUCUUUACUAAUGGUGAACUUUCUGAGGCUAUAAUAUUGAUUAUAUUGUAGGAAAAUUAAAUAGUAUCAGUGUGGGUACAUCCUGUUUCGGAGAUGCAUCUGUAGCUGGCUAAAAAGCAAUGUUAUUGCAGGCCUUUUCUACAAAUACUGAAACACUUGGUUCAACUAGCUUCUUUGGAAGCUUUUGAGCUUGAAGGCCAGAAAUUAGGAUGGGUAGUGGGCAGAGUUUGACACAUUUUGUGCAAUAAAAGCAUGAACACAGCUGCUUGGGUCAGUGAUGAGAUUUAACAUCUUUAUCUGAAUCUAAAGUUGAUGUGGUUUUUAACACAUAGCUCUAGAAUUACUCUGAGACCUGAGAAUAUUUCAUGAAAAUAGGGGAAGAAUGCAUCACCGAAGGGAAAACAAUGUAGCAAUAAAAAGUUAAUUCUUUUCAUGAUGUUUGGGGUGGAGUUUGAAAUACGCAAAUAUUUGAAAACAAUUUGAAGUAGUUCUGGAAUACACUAACAUUCAAUUUGAUUGGUUUUGUUUUUCAGAUUCUAACUCUCUAUGACAGUCUCCAGGUUGUUGAUGUAAAUAAAAUUGUUGAUUAUGUAAAGAACCUACAGAAAGAGGAUGGAUCGUUUGCUGGAGACAUAUGGGGUAACAUUUUCUAGCUUGCAUUAUUGGAUGUCUUUUUUUCCCUUCAAAGAAUGCAAAACCACAUGUUUGGCUUUCCUUUUGUAUCAUGCACAAUCUGCGGUGUGAAAGUUCAGUUUUAGAGGGGUUGUCAAUAGUAUUCCCAUAUCCAUUUUUACUGAUUCAGUAGCUUCUCAGGUCUGUGAUGAUUUUUGGUAUAUAUCUGAUAGUAAAGUUGAUGUCUGUCACCACUUUAGCUCUAGAAUUACUCUGAGAUCUGAGAAUAAUAUUGUUACACCUUUAAUGCUUUUAAGAUCCCAUGAUUUUCAGCUUAUUAUUUUAUCUACAAGCAGAUCAAGCUAGUACUUUACUAGUACUAGUGAUUAAGAAAGUGCUGAUAUGCUUAUUGAAAGGUUUUACAAUGAAAAUAAUUUGGGGAGGUUACUCCAUAUCACUACAGAAUCGUUUCUGUGAUGCUACAUAACAAAUAUUUAAUGAAAGUAAUCUUUGGGGGAAUUAGAAAAUAGGAAGAAGGGAAUAAUUCCAUUUAAAAUGCUUAUUUGCAUCUGUUUGUUUAUUGAAUUGCUUAAAUGCUUUGUCAAGAUGAAAACUUCAUUUAUUUCUUCCUGCAGGAGAAAUAGACACGCGGUUUUCCUUCUGUGCGGUUGCAACGUUGGCUCUCUUGGUGAGUCCUUUCAUCAGUGGCAGUCGUGAUUUUGAAAUACAUGUUUAAAUUACAGUGGGCAAAGAAGACUUUCAAAUAAACUGUAUUUCCUUUAGGAGGUAAGAAGUUCUCCAGCAUAUCACAAGCAAGCUAGCAACUUGAAAUACUUCCAGAGUUGCAAACGGCAGCAAGUACUCAUGACAUGUUAGUUGUUCUGUACUGACCAAGUCAGUAUGGUUACAUUGGAGAGGAGGUUAGAAGAGCAUUAUGUGGAAAGGCAAAAGCAAAGUAUUUUAAUGAAUAAAUGGUACAGCAUCACAUUUUGGUAUUUUCUAUCCCAAAAACCCUAGUAUACAAGGUCUUCAGAGUGCGGUAUUCUGUGGUCCUCCUUAUUUUGCUCAUCUAAAGUGUACUUAGGAUAGCAUUGUUCCAGCUUUUGUGUGCUGUGGUUCAUACAUGAGAGACAGGUUUUUUGUAAAAAGAAGAAUUUGGUAAAUAACAGUACUGUGCUAUAGAAAUAUAUUACAUGAUCUUUGUCAUAUUUGUUUCCUUUAUCAUAUGUUGUGAAAGGAAGCUUCUCCCAGCCCCCCAGUGGUAAGGAGCUGUAGGCAGGGAUAAGUUUGGGAUACUUGCUUGUCUAGUGACCUGUAGAGAACAAAUGAAUCUCAGGUUCAUCUGCCAAUUUUCUAAGAAACGUUCCCCCCCCAUGCCAUUCAAGUGAAAAUUGCAGACAUUAACGACUUUCACACAGAAGUAUUAUUACAGGGAUAGCACUAGUAUGUUUGGAGUUGAAUAUCCUUGGUAUUAAAAUGGAGGAAACAUAUUACAAGGAUUUUACUGCCUUUCAGGGGAAACUGGAUGCAAUUGAUGUGGACAAAGCAGUAGAAUUUGUGUUGUCCUGUAUGAACUUUGAUGGAGGAUUUGGUUGUAGACCAGGAUCUGAAUCUCAUGCAGGGCAGGUAAGUAGUUCUGCUUCUUAAAUAAACCUUGCAAGGGAUUAUUGAUGCCUGUUGACACCAAUUAACAUACUAACCUAUUUCUGUUCAGUUUAGUUAUUUUAACUCAAGUAUUUAUCAGCUUCACAAACUUCAGAUAUGCAAACCUUUAAGAUGUCCUAAAUCCUGUAUAAUGUAAUGCAACAGGGAACUAUUUCCCCCAAAUAUGCCUAGAAGUAGGACAAUUUGCAAAUGUUGCACUUCAUGGGAUGGAGGAAGGAAGGGUGUGAUUUGUAGAGAUGUCUAUCCUGGUUCCCGUGGUGCUAAAUAUUUCCAUUAUUUAUUUGGAUGGAGGCUAGGAACUGGAGUCUGAAAUAGGAAAACUGAACUCGGUUAGGUGUCCAGUAUUAAAACAGAGCAGCUUAUGUAUUUUUAUAUUCACCUGUGAAAACAAAAGUAACUGUAUUAAAACUAAAGUAUUAAGCUGGAGGAGGAACUCUAAUUAGGAUCUUACCUGCUUUAUCUUUGGAGGUCCCACCAUGGCAUCUGAUUGGCAAGUAAGACGCCUCUAUACAUAAGGUGGUGUGCCUAGAACCUCAGAGUAACCCAUCCUUCCAUGUUCAAAACUUAACAGCACAGAACCACCUGUUGGUGCUGCAGUGGUGUUUGUCCCCUCAUGCUAAAUUCUGUAUUCAUAGGUAUGGGCACCAAACACAAAACAUAUAUUGGUUUUAAAAGGGUGAGCCUCAGUUCUUUCAUUUUCCCGUUCUUCUGGCACUGCCACAAGUCGGGUGGAUGUUUGGAAGCAUUCACUUCCAUUUACUGCAGCUUUUUGUGACAUUCAAAUCUAAACAAAUUGUUCAGUGACUUUAGUCUGUUUGAAAUUGGUUUAUGAACCUAGCUUGUUUUCACCAACUUCAGUUAUAUUAAGCACAGUUGUUGUUUUUCUAACGUAAUGCUAAACCGCUUAACCUAAAAGAUGCAGAAGCUUCUGAUCUCCAAGUGGCCAUUCCAAAGAACAGGGGGUGAAGGAGAGAGUGCUUGAGCUCAAAACUAGUUGUGGAUUGUCCUUAUCGAACUAAGCCAUGGUUUAAAGUUGCAUGCAGACUGGUCCAUUAUCUUGCUGAAUGCUACACAUUUCUAGAUGUGUCUCAAUAUAUAAUUUUGAUUUAGAAUUUUAUUAAUGAAAGAUGCUGACUAAUUUCUUAAGUAAACAUUUUUGCACAAUUGGUUGGGAUUCUGCAUUGUAAUCUUCCUUUGUUUCACCUGAGUAGCUAUAUUUUUAAAUAGACAUGAACUUUAUAUCUGUAAUUUUAGAUCUAUUGUUGCACAGGAUUCCUAGCCAUAACUGGCCAGUUACACCAAAUAAACGCUGACCUGCUAGGCUGGUGGCUUUGUGAACGCCAGUUGCCAUCUGGUGGUCUUAAUGGAAGGCCAGAGAAGGUAUUAAGUUACAUUUUAUAUUUUAUAUACUGUAUAGAUGGAGGGGCCUGUGGUGGGGGAGUAGAACUAGUAGUCCAUAAGUAGAUUUCCUAAAGAGUGAUUUUGGUAAAUAUACUAUGACUAUUUUAACUUUGAUCAUAGUCUGUAGAAUUGGAUUCCUCUUUCAUAAUCUUCUUAAUAUGCACAGUUAAAAAAAGGUACAACAAUUAAGCAAAAGAUAGCUUGCAGCAAGUAAAUACACUGAAAGACAGUUAAUGUGUCUAUUAUAUUCGGGAUCAGGUUUGGCAAACUUGGUGCUUCCCGCACAUAAACAAUUCUGUCACAGCACUAAAAUAAAAAGUCUUUGGAGCUAUGGGCCCCACUGUAUUGAUGGGUUAUGAAUAAGAACCUUAGUCUUUCUCACUUCUAGCAAUUUACUGUUUGAUGCAAGCUUAUGGAGGCAAGCCACUCAGAAAGUCCUUGUUUGCAUCACUGCUUUAGGCAAGCAUUGUGAAAUGUUUCUAGUUCUAGUGGAAAAUAGGAUGGCAAAAUAUUUCACAUUUUUUUUAAGGGUAUGACAUGACAUCAGGAUUUGAGUAUUUUUAUAUAUAUCUUUAGUCCGUUAUCUUAGUUUGUUUAAUUAGGAACAUAAGCAUAGCCCAUUGUAUCUUAGGACGGUUUAAAUUUAGCUGUGCACAUGUUCAGUGGAAGGAUAGAAUCAAAAAGAAAACUGGGUGUAAUUCUACUGAAACGGAAUAGACUUCCUGAAAGAUACGAUGUGAGUUUUAUCCCACUAAGUCACACUCGUGAGUAGAUUCAUCAAUAUGUUUAGCAUUUGCAUAUUACAACAUUUGUCUUAAUACUUUAAAAUUGUAAACCACUAUGGCUGUCUUGGCAGAAAGGUGGUAUACAAAUGCAGUAAAUAAAAUUAAAUAUAUUAAUUUCAAUCUGUCUACACAACAACCCUUUGUGUCUUUAUGUGGUUGUUUCUCACUACAUUCAACAGUUAACCCGAUCUUGAGAUUAUAAUUGCAAUUGACCUAACCUAUAUUGCCAUUAUUAUAUUUGCUAGUUACCGGAUGUAUGCUAUUCAUGGUGGGUAUUGGCAUCCCUGAAGAUUAUUGGCAGGUUGCACUGGAUUGACCGAGAGAAAUUGCGCAGUUUUAUCUUGGCUUGCCAGGAUGAGGAGACCGGAGGAUUUGCUGACAGGCCAGGAGAUAUGGCAAGUUACUAAUCUUCAAUACUUUUUAUUUAACUAAACCAGGGUUUGCCAACAUUUUUCAGCUGGUGGGCAGAACUUGAAUUUUUGAGGGAGUGCUGGGGGGGGUACCACCCGCUUUUGUCACCUCUGAGUUGCGCUCUCUCACACAGACGCACAGCAAAGGUGUGUGUGCAUGUGUACUUUGAUUCUACUGAAUCAGAAGAUCAAUUUUAUAAGCAAUCUUAAGCCUUGAAAAGCACAUACACUUGGAAGAAAAAGUAGAAAAGAGUGUCACUCUCCUAACUUCAUCUUGAUGUACUUUUCAAGGAAUAAAAGUGGCCACCCUCACGAGCAGGGGGCAAUGUGGGGGGGAGGCAGAACUUGGAUGUUUUGUGGGUAUCAAGGAAAGGCCUCAGAGGCACUAUUAAACUACAGUAGUACCUUGGUUUUAAAACAGAAUGCGUUCUGGAAGUCCGUUCAACUUCUGAAACGUUCGGAAUCCGAGGCGUGGCUCCCGAUUGCGCAGGUGCGCCGGAAGCCGUAGCGGAAGCUGCAUCAGAUGUUCGGCUUCCAAAAGAACGUUCGAAAACCGGAAUGCUCACUUCCGGGUUUUGAUCGUUCGGGAGGCGAAACAUACGAAUACCAAGGCGUAUGACAACCAAGGUACAGGUGUCAUGAUGUAUGUUUGACAAUUCUAAACUAAUAAUGCAAAAUUUGAGGAUCUUUAAAAGGAGCCAUACUCUACAAAAACAGAUGUAGUGGUUCUGGAUCACUCAAGAAGAUAAGGCAACAGAUAUAAUUUCAUAUCAGAAGUUGAGCUGAUUUAGGCCCAGGCCCAGAUGAUACUUAAUAGAUAACUGCUUUGGGGGGGGGGGGAUGUUCUGUAUAGGAUAUAGCUAAUCAGAUAUAUUGAAAAUACUGGGCCUGUAAGUUGAGAUCCAAAAGGCUUCAUGCACUGAACAUGGAUACUUUUUAGCUCCUCCCUCUGUCAGUCUCUUGGAGCUCUAUAAUCAUCUCAUCUAAAGGCCACAGGAUCCUCUGGAAUGAAACCCUGUACAAGGGUUGUCACUAGAAGGUGUUACGUUCUUGAAUAUGCAUGGGCAUCUUACUACAGAGGAAGUGCUUUCCCUGUCUCUUCUGUCAUAGAGCCUUUUAGGCGGUUCUUGUUAAGCGUGUGUCAAUUAAAGGAAGCAACAGAGCUAUUGGAAUUUUUGGCUGGCUUCUAGGCUAUUGCAAUCUGGGUAUCAGUUGCCUAUAAAUUCAAACAGUUAACUUUAAUCUCACAGUCUAUUCGGAAUUUGAGAGACGUCAGACAAUAAAAUAUCUUAUUGCAGCUUUCUGCCUUAUUUAAAUCUUCAAAUCUAUUAAUGCACACCCACUAACCUUUUGAAAGUGCGAAACCAUGGAAAAACCUCCUUGUGUAUUUAAUAUGCACCUUGGUAUGUUGUAGGUGGAUCCAUUUCAUACCUUGUUUGGAAUUGCUGGACUAUCAUUACUGGGAGAAGAACAAAUUAAGCCUGUGAAUCCUGUGUUUUGUAUGCCUGAAGAGGUUCUUCAAAGAAUAAAUGUACAGCCAGAACUUGUAAGCUAG